GGUAUUUCCAUCCUCCCCAGCUCCGGCGCAGAGGAUAGCACCAGGUAGUUGGAGAGAGACCGGAGACAAGUGUGGGGAGCCGUGGAGGACAUAAGCUUUUUCCUUGGUCUUCCAGAUAAGUAGCACCUCAGAGAUGAUGAGUUACUACAUGGACACAACCAUUGGCAGCACGGGCCCUUAUCCUUUGGCUCGCCCUGGAGUGAUGAAGCAAGGUGCUGGCAGCUGCUGUGAGGACCCUUGGAUGCCGUGCAGGCUGCAGUCAGCCUGCUGCCUGCCCAGGACCUGCUGCCCACCAUGGGAUGAAGCAGCCAUCCAGGAGGUGCCCACUGGCCUGGAGCACUAUGGCACAGACAUGGAAUGUGCAGAUGUGCCUUUGUUAACCCCUAGCAGCAAGGAAAUGAUGUCUCAGGCACUGAAAGCCACCUUCAGCGGCUUUGCAAAGGAGCAGCAGAGGCUGGGAAUCCCCAAAGAUCCCCAGCAGUGGACAGAGACGCACGUGCGGGACUGGGUGAUGUGGGCAGUGAAUGAAUUCAGCCUGAAGGGAGUGGAUUUCCAGAAGUUCUGCAUGAACGGAGCUGCUCUCUGCGCCCUGGGCAAGGAGUGCUUCCUGGAGCUAGCGCCCGACUUUGUGGGUGAUAUCCUUUGGGAACACCUGGAGAUCUUGCAGAAAGAAGAGGCAAAACCUUACCCAGCAAAUGGAGUGAAUACAGCGUAUCCAGAAUCCCGCUAUACUUCAGACUACUUCAUUAGUUAUGGCAUUGAGCACGCACAGUGUGUGCCUCCCUCCGAGUUCUCUGAGCCCAGCUUCAUCACUGAGUCCUACCAGACCCUCCAUCCCAUCAGCUCAGAAGAGCUUCUGUCCCUCAAGUACGAGAACGACUAUCCCUCAGUCAUCCUGCGUGACCCUGUCCAGACAGAAUCCCUGCAGACAGACUACUUCACGAUCAAGCAAGAAGUGGUAACACCAGACAACAUGUGCAUGGGACGUGCCAGUCGAGGUAAACUGGGUGGUCAGGACUCCUUUGAGAGCAUAGAGAGCUACGACAGCUGUGACCGCCUGACGCAGUCCUGGAGCAGCCAGUCCUCCUUCCAGAGCCUGCAGCGCGUCCCCUCCUACGAUAGCUUUGACUCGGAGGACUAUCCCGCCGCCCUGCCCAACCACAAACCCAAGGGCACCUUCAAGGACUAUGUUCGAGAUCGGGCUGACAUGAACAAGGACAAGCCUGUCAUUCCUGCAGCUGCCCUUGCUGGCUACACAGGCAGUGGACCCAUCCAACUGUGGCAAUUCCUGCUGGAGUUACUGACUGACAAGUCCUGCCAGUCCUUUAUUAGUUGGACGGGCGAUGGCUGGGAGUUCAAGCUUUCUGAUCCAGAUGAGGUGGCCAGACGGUGGGGCAAGAGGAAAAACAAGCCCAAGAUGAACUAUGAGAAGCUGAGCCGAGGGCUGCGUUACUAUUAUGACAAGAACAUCAUCCACAAGACAGCCGGCAAGCGCUACGUCUACCGCUUCGUCUGCGACCUGCAGAGCCUGCUGGGCUACACACCAGAGGAGCUGCAUGCCAUGCUGGACGUCAAGCCAGAUGCUGAUGAGUGAAUUCUGAAGAGUUUAUGGGACUUCAUUUAUUAUAAUUUUUUUUUUCUUUUUUUUAAUUUUUUUUUGUUUUUUUGUUAGAGAGCAACUCAGAUUCAAUGCUUUGAGGAUGUCGGGAGAGAGGGCGGUGGGUGAGUCAAACUUCACGUUGGAAUAACCUCAGAAGUUUGGUUGGGAGAAGGAUGAGCCCUUUGUUUGCUGAGAGCUCCAGGACAGGCUUUUUUGGGGGGUGAGAUUCUGAGUUUUAAGAAAGCCAGAAAAAUGUAGCUCACUUUAAAAAGAAAAAAAAAAAAGAAAGAAAAAAAAAGCAAACAGAAAAACCUCCCCGUCCCUUGCUGGAUAGAAAAGAUAUUAAGAAAUGGAUCCCUUUGGUUAUUGUGCUGCUGGCACAACAAGCUGACAGUUCAGGAAAUGAUAGUAUUCCUAAGGAUCCGAGGGCUUCAAACUUGCUUUUUUUGGGGGGGGUGGGAGGGUGGGGGGAGGGAAAACAAAAGUGGGUGAAACUUCCUGCUUUGGGGAGGGGCAAGAUAGGAAAAAACCCAAGAACUGGUUGUUGUUCUUGUCGCAUCGCCUUUCUGUCCGUUGUCUUCUUUUAUACAAAGGACGGAUCUUUUUUUUCUAGGAGGGAUCAUGACUCUUUUUUUUAAAAGAAAAAAAAAAAAACAACAAAAAAAAUUGUUAAAGUUUUUAUUUUAUUAAAUUUUGUGCCAGUAUUUUUUAAUUUUUUUUAAUUUUUUAAAUAGUCUUAAGCUCUAAGAUGGUCUCAGUAUUGCAAUACCGUGUGUGUUUGUUUCUGUUAUGCCAGCAGAGUUUUAUCACAGCGAGAAAAAAGAGAAAAUGGUUUCUGUAGACCCCACAGGAGAAGGGCAGCGCUGCAGUCUGUGCUGUCUGGGUGGGAUGUGAUGGAGCCCCAGAUCUGCUGCUGCCAGUUGGGGGUCUCUGCUCCCACCCGCAGCCCCAGCGCUCCGUUCUGCUAAGUGCUGCUAAAGCUGGGUGAGAUUUCCAACAGUGCUUUCUUGUUGUUGCUGUUCAAAAUUGGUCUCUCGCUUCCAUCUGCUCCUUGCGCUGACAGUGAGUUUCCAAAGCGUACCGAGAUUUUUUGCAGUGAAAAAUGCCUUUUGUGUUUUCCCAAUGGAGUUUUUGCUCCAGGCUGGAUGUGGAUCUGGGCAGCCAGGUCUGGUUGUUGGUGACCCCACAGGGUGGUUGAAACCGGAUGAUCACUGUGGUCCUUUUCAACCCAGGCCAUUCUAUGAGGAACACUUUGGUGCUUUCAGAAACUCUCUCAAUUUUUGGAGGGGACAGGGGAGAAAUCCCCAUAUUUUGACUGCAGUAAAUGAACGCUGUAGAAGUUGGAGAGGGGAAAAAAAAUCAGGAAAAUAUUGAAAAACAAAAAGGAAAUGUUUCUUCCUUCCUGUUUUGAGCAGCUCUGUCUUUAUUGCUGUAUGUCUUAGCCAGCCUGGGCACCCGCAGAAGGGAAAUUGGCCUUUGCAAAUGGGGUCUUUACUGCCCCUUGUGAGCCUGAUCUGCAAACCGUGUCAGAGUGUGAUUAACAUGAAGCACAUGACUGUUGGUGGUGGGGUGGGUGACACGUCUUGUGCUUGACCGAGUGCAGGAGCACAGCAGAGUCGGUUCUGGGGGGCUGCUUCCAUGUGUUGGAGCUUUUCAACCCCAUUUACCCAUAAAGGAGUGAAUCCCACUCUGCUGGGCAAAGACAGCGCAGGGCUGGACUCAGUGUGACAGAAGGGACUCAGUGGUAAAAAUUAACAUUCCUGGAGGUGACCCCAGGGCAGAAUCCAUGCAGAUCUGGCUGUAGGAUCGGGGCGUUUGCCCCAGAGAGCUGUUGGAUGUUUUAUUUUUAAAGACAGUAUUAUGCAUUUGAACCAAAAGUAGCUUUUUUUGUGUGUUACUUGUCCGUCUGAGUGUCUUGUGCAGCUGCAUUCACCCAGAGGCACUGCCAGGGGGAAGAGGAGGGCAGCUUUCAGGAGAGCUGCUGGAGGGGGUGCAGAUGGAGGUGUAGGUAAGGGAGGAUGUUGGGUAUGCUCACAGUGUUGGGGCUGCACGUUGUCCCACUGAGCAUGUGCAAAAAGUAGCAGGACAGAUGGAAAGGAAAGAAAAUAGGAUGGAAGGAUGGUGAAAGGUGUGUGCACCAAAGGAGGGGUGGCCCACCCCUUCACUAACUGCUGGGAGGUGAAAGAUAGAUGGGUUCCUUGGGCAAGUGGGGAAAGCAGCUCUGAGCUGGAGGGGAGGAAGGGCAGUGCAUGUACUGGAGCUGCAGUGAGGACUUCACCCAGCAGGGACCAGCUCAUCAAGGGGCAGAGGGAAUGGUUGCUGCAGCUGCUGGGCAAAGGGGGGCAAGGCACAAUGGCACAGAAAUAGGUGGCAGGGGUUUAGUGAAAGGACACCCCAACAUUGCAUGGCAGCUCAUUAGGGUUUUAGCUCUCAGUGAUUUUCUUAGGUUUUUGGGGUUGCUUUCUUGCAUUUCACUGCAAAGUGUGCUUUGCUAACAGAAUCCCUUCCAGCCCCCACAUGCAGUCAAGUGGCCAAGCUCCCAUCUCCUGCCUGUGGUAUCACACUGUGCCCUAGGAAAUGCCUCCUGCUUGGCCCUGCUGCAGCUGAAGUGCCUUUUUCAAGCAGAAAACAGGGAUAACAUUUCACUCUGAUGGUAGGAGUCAGAGUUUUGGGUACCGAACCCAUCAUUCCAGCAGGCCAAAUCCCUCAUCUCCCAGUUUGCUGUUCUCUUCAACUCUUUAUUCCCAUUAUAGAGACCAUCCCAGAGAGGGCUGUGUGCUGUUUAUACACUGGAAAUGUGUGGAUUUAUUUUUGUUUCUUUUUUUUCCCACUUUUGUAACUGCUCAUUGACUAUUGGAGAGGGAGGUGUGACCUCCUGUUCUUCAAGGCCAUGAAAGUCUGGUGAACUCACACACACGUGCUGAACCAGCAGGAUGGGUUUGAGAGGGAUCUGCCAGGGAUGGGACUUGCUCCUCUGCUGGCUGCUCUGUGUAACAGUGAGCUCCAGCCUUGGCAGAUACAGGUGACACUCAGGAAUUGGAUGGGUUUGUCUUGUUCUGGAACAUCUCCAGUGAUUGAUUUGGAGUGUUUUCUUUGUCCUGCUCCUGAUCUGCUGUUCUUGGUGUCUGACCCCAGUGGGGCACAUCCCCUUCACCCGCUGUGUCCUAUUUGACCCCCAGCCUGGGGAGCACAGCUCUCUGCACUGUGGUGACCUUCCUUUCCCAAUGGCUUUUUAAGGUGCAUUUCCCAAAGAAUGGGUCAUUUCAAAGAUCAGGGGAAAGGGGCCUCAGUAAGAGGUGUAAAAUGCUGGAAAAAAGCAAGCAUGUUUGCCUAGAUCUAUCCUCCAUCUCUGUGUAUGAUGACCACAACCUGUGCAGAGAUGUAUGCAAGUGCAGAUCCAUUUAUCUACACUUUACAACCAUCCAGUUCCAGGCAUGGUCACUCAGAAUGUGAUCACUUUGGAGAAGUGAUAGAACCAUUAAGGUCAAAAAAGCUCACGAGGUCACCAUGUCCAACCCCAAACCGUCCCCACCGCGCCCAUUGAACCAGAGAGUGGUUCAGCGAGAACCAGAAGAUAUCACACAGUUUAACCUCUUCCCCUAUUCCCAAACCAGCACCCACUCCACAAAGCAAUCCCAGUAAGCACCAAGCAAUGCAGGGGCUGUAGGAAGCAUCUCCACUUUCUGCCUCGUUGCCUUCUGGAGGGCUUUUCUGCAGAGCUUUAGGGCCUGACCGCCACAUUGCUGUGAGCAUCACAAGCGUUGGGUUCCUCAGCAUGCUCUGCUCUCUGGCGGGGUCUAUCCAGCAUCCGCGAGCUGUUGUCUACAUUCCAAAGAGGUCUAAAUAAAUGAUGAAUCUAUGUGUGCAUUUAUGUUAUAAUAGAAUCUGUCCAGGAAUUAACUGCCUCAGUAUAAAAAGAAACCAACUAGAGAAAAAAAAAGUCGUCGUUGUUUGUCGUUAAACGUUUUGUUUUUACAGAUGGGAAUCUGUUGUUUUUUUGUUGUUUUUAAGCUGAUAAAGAUAGAAGAAGAGAGAAAAAAAGAAGAGAUUGUUAUAUUGUGCCGUUCGACUAUUUUCCAACGUGUAUUUUCAUAUAAUUUAUAUUUUUUAAAAGCGGGGGGAAAAAAAAUAAAAAAUAAAAAAAAAUAAAAAAAAGAACUUUAAAAGCAAGAUUAAAAAAAUAAAAAACAAAUGAAACAGAACCAAGGAAAAAAAAAAAGCAGGUGCUUUUUACAAACUGAGCUGAGGUAGCAUAGAGAUGUAGCGGUGUGUGUGUGUGUCCGUGUGCUGUGGUGGUGUUGUUUCCAAAGGAUACAAAAAAAUGCCCCUCCUCCAUUGAAUACUUAAAGAAGGAAGGGGUUGGUUUUGUUUUAAUUGCUGAUGCUGGCACAUCAUUUUGCUGGAGAGUUUUUUAUAUACUGUAGCCUUAUUUCAUAUUGUAUUUUAAACCAUGUGGAAUUAAAAGAAGAAUAAUUCAUAG